AUGCCCACGACCUUCACACCUCACGAUAAACUCGUGGCAAAUGCACUCAAGGUGAACACAAAGCCGCUUUGGACACAGAUGGCCAAGAUGAAUCCGCGCGAGCCAAAUCCGAAGUGUGUGCCAACUGUCUGGCGGUACGAGGAAGUCAGGCCUCUCCUGGUGGAAGCUGGUGUGCUCGUCACCGACAAGGAUGCAGAACGUCGGGCGUUGAUGUUCGUCAACCCCGGGAGAGAUGCCCCGUAUACUACCGACACCAUAGCCUCUGGGCUCCAACUUGUUAUGCCCAAUGAGACGGCCCCUGCCCACAGGCACCUUGCUUUCGCCAUGCGGUUCGUGAUUGAAGGCCAGGGUGGAUUCACAGCGAUCCAGGGCAAAAGGGUCUGGAUGCAGCGUGGUGAUGUGAUCCUGAACCCGACAUGGAACUGGCACGACCAGGGCAAAGACGGCUCGGGGCCCAUGAUAUGGCUGGAUGGCCUCGAUAUUCCAAACUUUAUCCAUUUUCCCGUGCACUUUGUUGAGCACUAUAAAGACCAGAGAUACCCUGCCGAGGACGUCGAUUCCAACAUUUCUCCUCUGGUCUUCCCCUGGAAAGUCAUGCAGCAAAAGCUAGAUAGCAAGCCUGGCGAGUGGACCUCGGAGGACUAUUUGCGAUCGGAUGGCGCGCCAGUAUCGAAAUCUCUUGGUGGUUGUGCCGAACGUCUGAACCCAGGUGCUUCCUCUCCUGCUGUGCGUGAGACAGCUUCGUCGAUAUACCAUGUCAUCACAGGGGCAGGAUACAGUGACAUCAACGGACAGCGACUCGCCUGGAAGGAAGGGGAUUCUUUCUGCGUCCCAGCUUGGAAUAAAUACCAGCAUACCAACACGGGAUCGGAGACGGUCUACCUCUACCGGAUCCAUGACAAGCCCAUGCUGAACAACCUCGGGUACUACCGUCUCGAUGGUUGCGACGUGGAGAGCUUGGUGUCGGCAUGA